AUGUCGUCGUCCUCCUCCUCCAGGGCGAGGGCGAGCGAGUCGGGCGGACGCGACAUUCCUUGGGUGCUGCUCGACCGGACGCCUCGCCUCACCGACUUCGGAGGGAUGGCCCACGACGCGGACGUCCUGCUCGAGCUCGUGCCGCCGCCGGCCGUCUCCACAGUCUUCCUCGACCGCGCUCUGCUCCCCGACGCCGCCGCCUGGGAGACGGCGCCGUGCCGCGUCGAGGGCGCCGACGCGUCGGGACACCUCCUCCUCGCCUUCCCCUCGCCGCGAGCGCCCGGGGAGUCGAACCUGCUCGUGUGCCGCCCCGUCCCCAGCAGCAGCGGCGGCGCCGGCAAGGCCAAGGGCAAGGGGCACUUCCUGCCCGCGUUCCCGGAGGAUGUGCUCGGCCUCGCCAUCUCCCCGGCCGCUCCCACGGGCAUCAUCGCGGACCACGGGGCGAACACCGGCGACGCCUAUUUCGUAGCCCAGGUGCAGAGCGCGCCAUCCUCCACACCAGUCGUCGCGGUCGCGCUCUGCUUCUCCAGCGACGAGAGCAAGUGGACCGUCAGGGAGGUGGCCGGCGACGACCGCUGGAGAGACUUCCACGCAAACUCCGUAGUCUCGCACGACCGCGGCGUCCACGGCGACGGCCUUCUCGUCUUCGUCGACAGGAACCACGGUCUACUGCUGUUCCAUCCGCGGGCGAUCGCAUCGCGCUUCGUCCAGUUUCCCGAUCCUCCCGAGGGCGGCGGCGGAGGAGAGACCGAGGAGGAAGCUGACGCCUCGGUCGACUCCAGCGAAGGCAAGAUCAUCUACGUCGUCUUCUACGAUGUGCCCGACGGAACUAUGAUCGGCUUAUGGUGCCUGUCCGAGGAGAACCUGCGCUGGAAUCCCCACUUCAACCUCUGCUCCGACGAGGUCUUCCACUGCGACGAGCGCCUGUUGCCGCUGCAAGGAGUUCGGAGCGUUGGACCUGUCGACCCCUACAGAAUGACCCGGAUGGUCUUCGGCGUGCGCUGUCCCGCCGAUGGUACACCCAAGAGGAGGUGGAUGGAGACCGUGAACAGCGCAGUGCAGGACGGAAAACAGGUGGGAAUGAUUGCGCUGAGCGCGGUUCAAAAGGGAAGGAAGUACGUCGACAAACUGCCCGGCGCGGUGCAGCUCGUUGGAGGAGCCCUGGGCCUCUCUCACACCAGCGCUCUGAGAUAG